AUGAAGUGCGGGGUGGGUUACAGGCGGGUCUGGGUUGCGGAGCUGCGGCUUCAGGACGACGCAGUCUUGCUUCGCCGACCGCUGCAAUUUCAUCUGUUGCAGGAUGUCAUCGCCGCGCCCAUCCUCGAGUGCGAUUCGGAUCGACAGGUCGAACUGGACGUGGUGCCUCUGACGUGGUCGUUGGCGCGGCUUGAUAGAGCCUUGGCAGGGCCGCCCCGCAUGCGCUUCUCAGUCAAUGCUGCCGCCGUCACCCCCGCGCCUGCAAAGAAGAAGCGCAAGAAGCGCCCCGACGAGGCUGUGUCCUCCGACGAGGAGCCCGACGAGGAUGAUGUCUCGGAGUGGGUCAACGCGCCGGGGCGCGCCUUCGGUGGCUUAGCUGCCGCGGGCCGCGACGGCCAGGAUGAUGCGUCGGCGGCGGACGCAGGGGCCAGAUGCGUGAUUGUCGCAGCUGAAAGCAUCGAUCGCACUGCAGCUUCCCAGGCUGCCCGCGACUUGGAAGCGGUCGUCGGGCCCGCGGGCGGCGAGGCAACCGCGCAGGGCAUGGGCGAGGUGGUCCGCGAGAACCUCGGCAUGGACGAUGCCGCUCGUGAGACGGAGGCGUUGCUGAACCUCCAGCUGGCACAGGACAUUGGUCAGCAGGCGCAGCCUGCCGCGCCAGCGCCACCAGGUGAUGCUGCGCACCAUGCCGAUAAGCAUCGGGUUCUGGCCCAAUGGGGUGCGGCAGCCAUGCAGACGCUCAAGGCACUCAUUGAAGUGGUUGUGAACCCGGUCGGCAAGGACGAGAAGUUCGAGAAGAACGUUGCGGUUGAUAAGCAUGUAUCUUUAUUCGUCAUGAGCGAGCCAGACCCCAUGCAGCCGCAUAGUAUUCUGGCCAGGCGGACUCAGUAUUUUCAUUGGGAUAGCGUGACUGGCAGCGUGGGGAGGUACGUCACCCUCGACACGUUUAACAUAAUUGUCUACGCUCGGCCUCAAGAGAAGAUCGACAUUUCGCAUCUCGUCUCGACUCGGAUGGUCAGCAAUCUGGUUCCAAACACUGGUGCGAAGAUGGUGAAGGCAGUUGGCCCGCUGAGGCCAGGCAUGACGCCUGCAGUGCUGACUAUACAACAUAUGGCAGACUCCGUGAUUGAUCGUCAUCGUUUCAUCCAGUCUGACGCGGCCGAG